UUUGGGAGUGAACCCGAGGUUCAGCAUUGCCGUUAGUGGACGGAGACGGAAGCUGUGGUGUCAAAAUGUCGGUAAAACAGCCGAAGCAGACGAUAUUCAACCCGGUGAGAGAGAGACAGAGCGGUGGAGAUGUUAUAUAUCCCAUCCCCAUAGCAGUAACCAUCCUGGGGGGACUCCAUCCAGGUGAGAUGGUUCUUAUCCAAGGCUCUGUUCCAGCUGAUGCAGACAGGUUUCAGGUGGACUUCAUGUGCGGCAGUAGUACUAAACCCAGAGCAGACAUUGCGUUCCACUUUAACCCACGCUUUAAGAAGAACUGCAUCGUGUGCAACACCCUGGAACUCGAGUACUGGGGUAAAGAAGAGAUCCACUAUCAGAUGCCCUUGAGGAAGGGAGCAGAUUUUGAGAUCAUCGUGCUGGUAGAGAAAGAUUUGUACAAGGUGGCAGUAAAUGGUGCUCAUGUGCUGGAGUACAAGCACCGAUUAGAUCUGGCCAGGGUGGACACGCUGUCUGUAUCCGGGAAAGUUCAGAUCCAGGCCAUCGGAUUCAUCCCAAGCACAAGUCCUUCCACUUCUACAUUAGCGAUGAUGGGGAUCAGCGAUCGGGCACCAGCUGUGCUGGAUGACUUGGGUGAUCUGAGUAUUCCUUUGAAGAGAAAGCUAAUAAAGGGCUUGAGUCCAGGACGCACCAUCGUAGUCAAGGGUCAGAUCUUUGCCUACGCUGAAAGGUUCACUGUAAACCUGUGCGUCGGGAACUCGAAGGACAUCGCGCUGCACUUGGACCCCCGGCUCAGAUCUGGGGUGUUUGUCCGUAACUCUUACCUGUCUGAGUGCUGGGGUCCAGAGGAGAACACCCUGCCCAGCUUUCCCUUCAGUCCAGGAGAAUAUUUUGAGAUGAUAAUCCUGUGUGAGGCGCAGCAGUUUAAGGUGGCUGUGAAUGGCACUCAUCAGCUGACCUACAAGCACCGCGUGCAGGACCUGAGCCGUGUGGACGAGCUGGAGAUCACCGGGGACCUGCAGCUGGUGGAUGUGAAGAUUUGGUAACCGAGACCCCAUCCGAACCCUGCAGCUUUGAGUAAAGACUUCUAGACUCGGCUCAACCCAUACCUACUGAUACUGUGUGUGUACAAAACCAACUAGUCAGGCUUUGGCUGUAUAACUGAUCCCGCUGUAACCAUUUUAGCAUCUAGUAACCUUUAACAAAUAAGGGUCGAGUCCCACAAUACCGAUAACUAUAAAUAAAUCAGUCCCCUGCAGUUGAUGUGGUCGGUGCUCACACCAGACCGAUGACGAUACCUCUAGCCCAGGCCUGGGUUUAUCGGGAUCAGUGAGAUUGAUUCUGGGCCAGUUUUUCCAGACCUGAACCUGAUCCGAGAAAUCAUCUGACCAAUCAGGGAAUUGUUUUACACGUGAUGUUGUCUGAGCAUGUGCUGUUAAAUACUUCCCUGAGCAAUAAAGCUCAUCUUUCCUUGGUGCUGAUUGGUCUUCUGUAUGUGGUGGUUUGUUUUGUCAAAUCUCCUUCCACCAAGUGGAGAAUCUGCAUAAACUGCACCUCAGGAAUUCGGAAGUAUUGGAAAAACUUGUCUUUGUGGGAAGAACAAGACGGUGGAAUUCUCGCAGAUUCUCCUUUUCUUCUUGGCCUUCUGUGCAAAACGAGCAUCAAAAGCAGCUCUUCCUCGCCGUCACUGUCAACCAUUGUGUGCUGCUGAGUGCAAUGGAUGUGAACGCAAACUGUGUACAACCGCUACGUUUUCCUGCAAAAACCCAACAAGCACAUGUAUUUAUUUCCCUGAGUGUCAGGACCAACCGAUGAUAUAGUGGGGAUCAUAGCUGUGGUGUUCCUGCUCCAGACUGGAACUAAACUCCGGCAGAGGGAGAGUUCUCGGUGUUGUGGGACCGGACCCUCACAGUCAUGACUUGGGGGUGCAUUACUGUUUUAUUGGGAUUGUGUAUUGAAUUUUGGUAAUGUGGGACAAAAUGUUCACUGUAAGGCUUUUGCGGUAUUGCACUGGAGCUACAAGGUCAGUGUGUCACGUAAACUACCUGUUCAGUUGUUUAACGUCUUUUUAAAUUAAUAGAAAUGGACAAAAACUGUGGGUGGUAGAAAUGGGCAACUGGACUUGCUUGAAGAUUCUUGAAAACGUUUCACCUCUCGUCCAAAAGGCUUCCUCAGUUCUGUCUGACUAAUAGGGAGUAUCAGAUAUUUAUCUUCUCCUGGAUCAGAAUCAGAAUUCUAAGGUGUCAUUGAGGCAUCAUGUUGGUGUGGGUCACUGGAGGCUGGGAGUGAACGGCGAGUCAUUAGGGUGAUCAAAGGAUUGCCCGUUAGCCUUUUGGACAAGAGGUGAAACGUUUUCAAGAAUCUUCAAGCAAGUCCAGUUGCCCAUUUCUACCACCCACAGUUUACUAUGACCUGGAUGAUUGAGAAUCUUCACAGACAAAUGGACAAAAAGGCAUCACGGCGGCCAUUUUGAAUUCCUCAACAUGAUGUUAUUAAUCAGUCUCAGGAAAGCACUGUGACUUAAUGUUAGAAGGCAGAUUUGUACGUUUAGGAUGAUUUAUACAGUUCCGAUUCGAUUUGGAUCGUUCAUUAAUUAUUCCUGUACGUGUGUAGAACACGAUGUGAGCAUGUGAAGAUUUCGACAUGCCGUUUGCACAGUGGCCUUAUUAAUCAGCCCCAUAGCUCUGGGGAGGAUUAUGUACAUUCUGUUUGUCCUUUGAAUGUGAGUCCAUAGAUAGAGAAGUAACUGAAUUCAGGGUCGAAUCAGCCUGCUUCUCCUGUACAAAAAGAAGAAGAAAGGAAAAGAAAAACUCCUCAGAUUUGAUAUCGGAUGUAUAGUACAGUGAUCAAGGUGAUCACAUGACUGAUAUCUUGACCGAUGUAUGAAACGCUGGUUUAGAAUAGAAUAGAAUGCCUUUAUUGUCACUGCACAAAUGUGCAACGAAAUUUAGUUCGUCACAGUAGAGCAAAGCCGCUGCAUACGUACGCGCCGCCACUCACGGGCACUUCAGCCCAAGGCCGUCCUACGUUAACCUAACUGCAUGUCUGUCUGCAGUUAGGUUGUGUUUGAUAUGCCAUUUAAAACGUUCCCUGAGGGCAUGUGGAAUAUGGAAUAUCAUGUUGGAAAAUCUGGACCAAAGUAAAAAAAAAAAAAAAAAAAACUAUUACAAGUAAUCUAAUAAAGGUAAACCAAUCAAAGAACCCCGCUGAGGCUGCCUCAGGCGCCGACGCCCGGCUGUGUAGUUUACACACAUUACGGGUCUGUUUCAGUUUUACUCCAAAUGGACUGUUUUGCAAGCAGGUCUUGUAUUUCAGUCAUUUAAACCAAUAAUCUUCAGGCGAUUAUGGGAUGCAAGACGAUCCAGCGUAUCAUAUUCAUGAAGAAACUGGUUUGCAGAGUUCAGAGUAAGUGAGAAAAUGUUUGAGACAAAGGAGAACCUCAUGUAACCGAGGCUGAAUGCUUAACUAACCAGUUAGCAGAUGGCUAGUUUAAUGUCCACCCAGAUGUUCAGACAGAUGUGCGCCAGGCAGCCCUUGAUAUCCAAGGGCAAACUUCAGUUCUAUGCAAGUCAUUAGCAGCCUGUCGUCUCCACAGAGUCCCAUUAAAUCAAAAAUCAGAAAGUGCUGGAGCUAGCGCUAGUUUGAUAACCGCACAAUACGAGACGGCGUGUCCUUGAAGUCGUGGUGGAGAAGAAAUGAUUCCUGAUGAUUUAGGUUUUAAAUGUGGAAACAUCGUAGUGUAAUUUCAGGUUAAUAAAUAAUAAUGCAUGAUGAUAAACUGAAGGAUUUACAGUCAUUGAUGAACUGCUGCUUUUUCUGUAUAACCUGUAACAUGCUGAUCAAAAUAUCUCUACAAGUUACACACCAUGUAUACUCUUUCUUUCUUUCUUUCUUUCUUUCUUUCUUUAAAACCGUAAUAAAAAUGUAUGAAUAAAGUAAA